AUGGCCACCACUACCACCGCCCUUGUCAUUGAUGAGGUUAAGGGCCCAUUUUCUCUAAAAGAGGUCUCUGUUAGCGCGAUACAAGCCGACGAGGCUCUUGUCGAGAUUCACGCGACCGGCAUCUGCCACACUGACCUCUCCUGCGCAGAGGGUGUCUUACCCGCUGCUUUCCCCGCCGUCUUUGGCCAUGAAGGCAAGUCGCAAGUAUUGUAA